ACUUUGCCUUGUAAACAUUUAUUUCCGUUAAUGCUUCAAAAUUUUCAAUUUACCACUUUGACCGGGCCAUCAAUCUUACAAAUGAAAUAUCCUUUCUAUUUCCAUCAAUUACGAAAUUUCGUAUGCAUUUCAGGGAAAUGUUGGGAGAUAUCGACGGAAAGACACUAGAAAUAGCACUCCACUGUGAGCCUCUUUGUUGUACUACUCCAUAUGGUCUAGCUCUGUCAUUGGUGCAAUGAAUGCUUCUACUUUUUCUUUUGCUUUCCCUUGGCUUCUCUUCUCAGCAACAAUUUUUAACUUUGGUCUCAGCUAUGGAAGCUUCAGUGCUGGCUGCAUUGAAAGUGAUAGAGAAGCUCUUUUGAGGUUCAAGCAUGAGCUUAUAGACCCUUUAAAUCGACUUGCAUCUUGGCGCACUGUCGAUGCUAAUUGUUGUAGAUGGUCUGGAAUCAUCUGUGAUAACUUCAGUGGCCAUGUCGUUGAGAUCCAUCUUAGAAGUCUUUCUGAGGAUGAGUACUUUGCAUCCGAUGCAAGUGGUCAAUAUUAUGAAUAUCGGAGGAUGUCGACAUUCAGAGGUAAGAUUAGUCCAUCUUUACUCAACUUGAAGCAUUUGAAAUACCUGGACCUCAGCAACAACAAUUUUGACGAAAGCCUUAUUCCCAAAUUCCUUGGCUCUGUGAAGAGCUUAAGACACCUUGAUCUCGCCAAUGCAGGAUUUGGAGGAAUGAUUCCUCAUCAACUUGGCAAUCUCUCAAAUUUGCAAUACCUUAAUCUCCACAGUGUUUAUGGUACACCAUAUGUUGACAAUUUGAGUUGGAUUUCUGGUCUUUCUUCAUUACAAUUCCUUGAUAUGACAUUUUUGAACCUCAGUCAAGCCACCAAUUGGUUGAAUGUCAUCAACACACUGCCUUCUCUAAGAGAAUUACACUUUUCAUUCUGUCAUCUUCCUAGUGUUCCUCCAAUCCUAAACGUCAACUUUUCAUCUCUUUCCAUCCUUGAUUUGUCAGGUAACUUUUUUCAAGGUCCCAUGUUUGAUUUUCUUCAAAACAUAACUUCACUCAAGGCACUUGAUCUGUCUUUUAAUGAUUUUAAUUCAUCAAUACCUAAUUGGUUAUAUGGUUUUAGUCAUCUUGAGUUCCUCAACCUUCGUGGUAAUGAUCAAUUGCAAGGUAAAAUUUCGAGUGAUAUUGGGAACAUGACUUCUCUAAUUGACCUUGACUUGUCUUUGACGAAACUUGAAGGAACAAUUCCAGCAUCGUUUCAAAAUCUCUGUAAUUUGAAGUCGCUCAUUUUGUGGGAGACCAAAUUAAGCCAAGAGAUAAAUGACAUCUUUGAAAUUCUGUUUGCUUGUGCUUCAAAUGGGCUAGAGUUUCUAAAUUUAAGUGGUUGUCAGCUAUCUGGUCAUUUGCCCAAUAAUAUUGGGCAAUUUAAACAUUUAUCUCGCCUUGAUCUAUCAACUAACUACAUUUCUGGUCCACUUCCCAUCUCUCUAGGAGAUUUAACAUUGGUGAAAUCUAUGUCCCUCUCUCAAAACAAUCUGAAUGGAACUCUUCCCGUAAGUUUUGGAGGACUCAGAGAGUUAGAGGAGGUUGAUCUUUCUUAUAAUUUAUUGGAGGGCGAUGUUUCUGCAGUUCACUUUUCAAAUCUCAGUAAAUUGCAAAGUUUUCGUGCUUCUGGGAACCAAUUGAGAUUGAGCGUUGGACCUAAUUGGAAACCCCCAUCUCAUAUUUAUGAAAUUGAUUUGGGGUGUUGGACAAUUGGGCCUCAAUUUCCCCACUGGAUUCAUUCAUUGAAGUAUUUAACAUCUCUGAAUCUGUCAAAUUCAGGAAUUGCUAGCACCAUUCCCUUUUGGUUCUGGAAUAUGUCUUCCAAUUUUCAUUACUUAAAUAUCUCCUACAACCAAAUAUUUGGAGUAAUUUCAAAUAUAUCAAGCAUUCCUCAUAGACAACUCCUUGGGUUCUCUGAUCAAUUGGUGGACUUGAGCUCGAAUAGUUUCCAGGGUCCACUGCCAUAUAUGUUCUCUAACGUGAGAGCCCUGUAUCUUUCCGAUAAUUCAUUUUCUGGACCCAUGUCCAAGUUCUUAUGUUACAAGAUGCAUGAGCCAAGAUAUUUAGAAGUUCUAGACCUUGGAGGAAAUCUUUUAUCAGGGGAAAUGCCAGAUUGUUGGAUGAAAUGGAAACAUUUGGAAGUCCUGAUUUUAAGAGACAACAAACUUAGUGGCAAUAUUCCAUGGUCCAUUGGAACUCUAAGCAAUCUCGAGUCAUUGCAUCUUCGCAAGAACAACCUCUCCGGCAAAAUUCCUUUGUCGCUUCAAAAUUGUACAAGCUUAUCCACUCUAGACUUCGGUGAAAAUGGACUGGAAGGCAGUAUUCCAAUAUGGAUGGGGGAAACACUUGCAAAUAUGGUUAUUCUCAACCUCCGCUCAAAUAAAUUUCAUGGCCACAUACCUAAAGAGAUUUGUUUAAUGAAUUCUUUAUAUAUUUUGGAUUUUGCUGAUAACAAUCUCUCGGGUACCAUACCCAAGUGUCUCAACAACUUCAGUGCAAUGGCUAGUAAGGAUGAUUCCAUAGGUAUCCUUUUGGAGGGAGAUGCUUCUUCAUGGCCAUUUUAUGAGAGCACCUUCAUUGUCACCAAAGGGAACAUGAAUGGAUAUAGCAGUAUUCUUAAAUUCGUGAGAUUUUUAGAUCUCUCGAAUAAUAAGUUAAUGGGAGAGAUUCCUAAGGAAAUCACAAGUCUACAAGGAUUGCAGUAUUUGAAUUUGUCCCAAAAUUCAUUGACUGGAAAAAUUCCUUCAAAUAUAGGUGCCAUGGAAUCACUAGAAGCUGUAGAUUUCUCUCAAAAUCAACUGUUUGGUGAAAUCCCUCAAAGCCUAGCCGAGUUGACAUUUCUGAGCUAUUUGAACCUAUCCUUCAACAAUUUGAGCGGGAUAAUCCCUUCCAGCACUCAGUUGCAAAGUUUGAGUUCAUCCAGCUUCGUGGGCAAUGAAGAGCUUGGUGGACUUCCUCUGAAAAAUUGCAGUGCUGAUGGAGCGACGCCUCCCACUGGGGCAGAAACAGGAGAUGAUGGCAAAGAGUCCACAUCAUUUGCUUGGUUCAAUUUCUAUGUGAGCAUUGCACCUGGAUUUGUGGUGGGGUUUUGGGCAGUGUUGGGUCCUUUAGUGUUUAAUAGAAGAUGGAGGCUUUUAUACUUCAGUUUCUUAGAUCGUUUGUGGGACAAAAUUAUCAGUGUGGUUUAUGUACAUGUUGUUAGAGUUAUUAGAGGUCAUGGUUUUUAGAGUUGUGUACAAAAAACAAAUGUGUUUUGAAAUGGACUAUGCAAGUCUGCGUGCGUCGAUUAGGAACUUUAGGUAUGCUUUGUAGCUUUGAAUUUUGUUCAAUAAAAUUUGAAAAGUCCCACAGUUGUGAGUGCUGGGUAUGUGGUUUUGUGAUUGUUGGCUAAGUUGGUGAAAGAUGUUUAUCUACAUUUUCAUUUGUUGAGUUGGAAGGGUAGAUUGGCAAGAUAUUCUUCAGUAAUGCACUGUCUCUGUAGUUAAGAAUUUGCUAUGCACAUUUCAAAGUUGUAAAAUUGCAGUCAGACAAAAUGCAUGACCAGCACAAAAAUCUGCUGCCAGAAGUAGCACAUGUACCUUUCUUCGGCAGUGCUUUGAUCUAUCAAUACAAUUGGCAACAUUUGCUGCCCUCAAAAAUGAUAUCUCAAGAUUGAUCCUUUUCCAAUUAUUAUGAUAGCAAUAUGGGAUAAUUUUCCAAUUAUUUGAAUAAGCAUUGAAUUACUCUGAAAUUUAGUCUUUUUUUUUUUUUUGGUAAGAAAAAAACAAAGAAUACUUUAAGAGCUAAACCAAAGGGAUAUGUUUAAUAAGCGCAAACUAAGAGUUGCAGUGCUCUGUAUCACAAGGUGAUUAUGUUUGUUUUUGUUGAAAUAUAGACGUUUAGAACAGGAAAGUAUGUAUGAAAAAUACUUAACCAAAUGUUUGUUAAGAAAAUCAAUGGACACUUGUCAUUUAAAAUUGAGCGUGUCCAUGACGGUCAUUUGGAAGCUCCAAGACUUACAGAUAGCAAUCCUUUUGAGAGACAUUCGGGGAUGUUCGCAUUAUUUGAACUUAUCAUCCAGAAUGUCUUAACUGGAAGAAUUCUUUCAAAAAUAGGUAUUGUGGAACCACUAGAAGCUGUGAAUUGGUCCCAAGGUCAGCUAUUUGGUGAAAUCUUGCAACGGAAGGUACCACCAAGCCCUGGAGAUGAAAAAGGAAAAGAUGAUAAUGGUCCUUAAUGGGAUUGGUUCUACUUCCAUGUGAGAAUUUAUAGAGAGUUUUAGACAUUUGAUUUUUUUUUUUUU